UAGAAGAGACUCCGCGCAAAGCUCAUGCUGAAAGAGCUUUCUCACCCCGACGUCGUUAGCCCUCUUCACUUUCGUGUUUUCUCUUUGGAUCCUUCCGUCGUGUUAUUUUUCGUGAGCCGUCGCGCCCGUUGAGCUGCGCCAAUUUCAAAAUUCAACCAAACUAAGGGUGUUUCUGCAUACGGAAUUCUGUGUGCCGAGUUUUACCCCAUUUUAACAAGUGAGUUUGCCCAAGCAACUUCUUUACAAGAAGAGAGCCAUGGAUUCUGAAACUGAUGCCGUUGUACUGGAAAAUGUUUUCAAUCUACAAGGGGAAGGUAACCCAGUAGGUGAAGGCCUUGUAGCAGAGAAAAAAAAAAAGAAAUCUAGCACGAAAAAAACAAAAAAAUCAAAACAAGAUGUGGCUUCCAAAGCAACAAAAUUUGAGGGGAAAAAAAUCCAUGUGCGAUCAGUUGAUGCUGCACAAGUCCAGCAGAGAUUCAACAAGGUUGCAUCUGAUUCUGAUGCUUCGGCUACACUUUGCAAGCUAUGCAACAAGCAAGUUUUUCAAAUGGAACGAAUUAAAGCAGAAAAGCUGGUUUGGCACAAACACUGCUUCAAGUGCACUGAGUGUCAAAAGAACCUAACGGUUGAUACCUACAAUAGCCAUGAAGGUAUGAUCUACUGCAAGCCUCACUUCAAACAGUUAUUUCAACCAAAAGCAGUCCUGGAGUCUGAUGAGCCAUAUUAUCUAAAGCCUGAAUUGAUUAUUAGAGAGAGCCAGCCUAUCGAACUACCGGCAGACGUUGUACGAGCGAGUGAAACUUCUAGCAGUUACGGCAUGGACGAGUUAACAAACCUGGAUCUCAAAUCUAGAUUUACAAUUUUUGAGCGAGCGUCUUCACACUCUCAGGCUGAAGUGGAAAUUAGGGAAGAACACAAGACGGUUAAACGCUCAGAGAGUAUUCUUUCACGAUUGGCCCGAUUUGACCGUGACAAUGCCAGUUUGAAGAACGAAUUGUCUAAAUCCUGUGGUAAUUUAGACAUUCAGGAUUCAUCGUCUGAAGGUGAAGAGGGGUAUAUGUAUGACGACGUGGCCGGCAACCGCCUGUCAGCUUACAUGGGGCCAGACAAUUCCGUUAGUUUUGGUUCCAUAUCCGAUAUCAAAUCGAAAUGGGAGGAUGACAAGAACGGGUCUCCUCGCAACAGACGCGAAGAGUUGGCAAAGCAGCGUAAGGAAGAACUUAAGCUACUUAGGGCUCGACAAUGCCAGGGUCGGCAACUACGUUUGAAAGAACAGUACGAGCAGGCAACGCAAGAAGCGCGAGAUGGUAAAGAAAGUCAUGUAAAUGACGCAAGCGUUGUUGAUCCUGAAAAAAUCAAGCAUAUCAAGGACAUAUUUGAAAUGGGUGGAAACGAAGAGAGGUCGUCUGUAAACAAAUCUUCGGAACAUCUUGUCGACCCAGAAAAACUCAAACAACUGAAGGGAAUGUUCGAAAGCGGAGGCGACAGUGCCUUUGGCGAAAAACAUGAACGCCACGAAGAAGUGAUUCUUGGAGCAAUUACCAAGGAGGCCCGAAAUAUCUUCAAACAAAUGGAGGAAAACGGAUUUCAGGAUAAGAAUCGGCAAAAAAGAGAACAAUAUGGCUUGGAAAAUAAGGAUACUUUCAAAAGCACAUCCGCAAUGCUGGACUUGUUCCGUCGCCUUGAAAAGGAACCGGACGCAUACAGAGAUAACCGAGACGAAGAUGAUUAUGAGGAAGAAGAAGAGGAAGAUGGAAGUGAGGGAGAGUAUUCGGAUGAUGGACAUGGUUCUGACGAUAACGAAGAAGAAGAAAACGUACCGGUCGGUCUGACUCCUCAACAACAAGAGCUCUUACAAAUUGCCAGAGAUCGAGCUGUAGCCAAAAACAUGAGAGAGAAAUUUGAACGCUGGGAAUUCAGCACUGACGAAGAAAAGUUGGCCUACGAGAAAAGUAUGAUGAUUCCCGAAUCAGAAGAGAUACAAGCGUCAUUAAACACGACUAGAAACUUGCGCGCCAUGUUUGAAAACCUGCAGAACGAGCCGCCAAAACCAGAGAAGCCUAGGAUCAAAGUCAAUAGAUUCGUUUGAUGGCUUUUGUUUUUUUACACGAUUUAAACCAAUAAUCGUCAGCCCUCGGGUGAGAUAAGAAUUUUCUAAAUUAAAACUUGGUCGUUGAAGUAAAUGUUCAGUGUACUACUCAACCAAAUUUUUUUGACAAGCACAUGGAUUGACAGCAAAAUACAUUUUACUUGCUAAGGCUU